GUCAUAGAGGAAAAUGGCGACUCCUGUCAUAGAAACAUGCCAUGUAGCUUGCUGUGCUAACAGAACACCAAAUGUUGUUUCUUGGAGCCGUGGAGGACUCCUUGCCUUUGGAACAUGUCACUCGGUGGUUCUGUACGACCCUCAGGGGAGAAGAGUUGUCUCUGUGCUGAAUGGACACACAGGCAGAGUCAAUACAGUCCAGUGGGUCCACAGGCAGGACUGCGCUCCAGAGUGUCACCUUGUUUCAGGAGGUUCAGACAAUCGCCUCAUUGUCUGGAAGGUUCAAACUGGAAGGUUGAUCCAGUCUGUUGAGUGCAAAGGUCACACUGGGCCUGUUUGUGCUGUGGAUGCCAUCUAUGUGGAAGACUCAAAGAUCUUGGUGGCCUCCUCAGCUUCAGACUCCACAGUGAGACUGUGGAGCUGUAAAGAUGUUAAAGAAGCCGAGUGCCUCCAUACCUUAUCGUUUGGCAGUGGCUUCAUGAUGGAUGUGUCUCUGGCACUGUUGCCAGGCAGCAAAGUUCCCAUAUUGGCCUGUGGGGGUGAUGAGUCUUGUGUCCAUCUAUACGUACAAGCUGACACACAGCUCAAGAAAGUCAGAUCACUGCAAGGACAUGAAGACUGGGUUCGUGGGGUGGAAUGGGCAUCUGUUGGUGGGGAGCUGUUAUUAGCCAGCUGCUCCCAGGACUGUUUUAUCAGAGUGUGGAGGCUGUCUGCCAAGUCUGGGACAGAUGCCCAUGUAGAGGACGACCAGAGCACCGCAAUCAAAAUGAAAGAGGAAGUUUUUGAAGUGAAAGAGAGCGACGUAUCCUCUGUGUUUGCUGUGUCUCUGGAGACAGUCUUGGCAGGCCAUGAAAACUGGGUCUAUGGAGUCCACUGGCAGCCUCCUUUCUACAAAGGCAAUGAGCUGCAACAACCCCUUUGUUUCCUCUCUGCUUCCAUGGACAAAACUAUGAUCCUCUGGGCUCCAGAGGAGGAAUCUGGAGUCUGGGUGGAGCAGGUGCGUGUAGGGGAGGUUGGUGGCAACACUCUUGGUUUCUAUGGCUGCCAAAUGAGUCCAGACGGUUCAAUGAUCAUUGCUCAUGCUUUUCAUGGAGCACUACACCUCUGGUGUAAGGACCAAGAUAAAGAGGGAUCAUGGCAGCCUGGAGUCGUGAUAUCAGGACACUUUGAUGCGGUCCAGGACCUGAGCUGGGAUCCAGAUGGAGACUUCAUCCUCAGCGUAGGCUCAGAUCAGACCACCAGACUCUUCACUCCAUGGAGGAAAGAAGACAGUGAACAAGCAACCUGGCACGAAAUCUCCAGGCCACAGAUCCAUGGAUAUGACAUGCAGUGCCUGGCAACAGUCGGUAGGUUUCAGUUUGUGUCCGGCGCUGACGAGAAGGUGCUGCGGGUGUUUCAUGCACCACGUAAUUUUCUGGAGAACUUUGCCAACAUCUCUCAGACCUCCAGAGAUGAGCUGUUAACAUCUAGUGACUCUGUAAACCUGCCAGAAGGAGCCAGCACACCUGCCUUAGGUCUGUCCAACAAGGCUGUAUUUCAAGGUGACCUUGUCCCAAGGACUAAUGAGGAAGAGGAGCAGUUCAGCAGUAUAUCUGACCAAUAUCAAGAAUCUUACUUCCAUCCUGUUCAUAUGACUGAGCCGCCACCAGAGGAUCAUCUCCUCCAGAACACACUCUGGCUGGAGGUCCAGAAACUGUACGGUCACAGCUUUGAGAUGUUCUGUCUCGCGUCCGACAGCGCCAGAACGGUGGUGGCCUCCGCCUGUAAGGCGUCUAAAGCAGAACACGCAUCAGUGCUAGUGUGGAGUGCCAAAACAUGGCGCCAGCUGCAGACGCUGUCUUGCCACACCCUCACAGUCACCCAGAUGGCCUUCUCUCCUAAUGCACGACUCCUGCUGGCCGUUUCCCGUGAUCGCACGUGGUCGCUAUGGAGACGGAACCUGCCUGCGCCUGAUUGUCCAGAGCCCGAGUUCUCCCUACUGGCACGCACGGCCAAGGACACAGCCAUACACAGCCGAAUCAUCUGGUCCUGUGACUGGAGCCCUGACAGCAAAUACUUUGUGACAUCCAGCCGGGACAAGAAGGUAAUAGUUUGGGGCCCGUGCACAUUCAGGGACUCUGCGGGUCCUCAUGAGAUCAAACCCUCUUCGUCUGUCAUGGAUGUGGCUGAUUCAGCCACCGCAGUGGCUUUCUGUCCAGUGUCCUGCUGUGGAAAAAGCUACUUAUUGGCGGUGGGUCUGGAGCACGGCACCAUCCGGCUGUACAGGUGGAGCCCAGAGAAGGACUCUGGAGGAGGACUCGACUGGACCUGCUGUGGAGAAACCGAUGCCUCACAAAGCCACACCUUGGCGGUGAAGAGACUCCGCUGGAGGCCCAGGGCGGGCUGCGCAGGUCGAGAGAACGGCAGCAAGGACGCGACGAAACAAGAGUCGGACAGACGGAGCAAAGUGGACGAGGGGGGCUCCUGGCUGCAGCUCGCCAGCGCCGGCACCGACCACUCUGUCAAAAUCUUCAACAUCAACACACUGGCUCUUUAGCACCAGCGACACUGACGCGAUACUGUCUCGCACACUCAGACUGAGGGCCACAGGCCUGACGGCGGUGGCGCCAGGGCCACAGCUGCUCGCUGGCUCGCCGUUCACUCCCCAUGACAGCCGGUUAACUCACAGGUCACUCUUAGGACAAACCGGCUCGGCCCGCAGUCUGUCUGCUGCACCGCCGAAUGUUUGAUGGGUGGAAACAAGAAGAUAUAAACACCACAACCCGAGGGAGUAAAAAAAAAAAAAAAAAAAUUCAGACACUUCAGAGUGUUUUGGAAUGAGAUGCAAAGGAUGCUGGGUAUCUGCACAAUAUCUGGUCACAUGUAGUCUUUUCAGAAACAAAUCAAAUUGUACUUUUCUCUGUAAGAAUGUUAUGUUUUCUUUUUCUAUACAAUUAAAUGUUUAUUUACACAGUC